AUGCACCGUGCGUCCUCUUUCCCGGUGACUGUGGAGCGCAGUCGGACCAAGGAGCGCCUGGAGGCGAGUCUGGCCGGGCUAUGCGAGCUGGAGCUCCGCAAGCAGAGGCAGGAGUGUCUCGUGCUGGGGGCGCUGGCCCUCGGGGACCCUCGGGCCCAGGACAGCUCCAGAGGAGAGCUGGCGUGUUUCAGCAGCUGGGGGCAGGAAAACUUGACACUGAGGCGUCAGCUGAGUGCUCUUCAGAGUUCCCCAUGGGGCCUGAUGCAGUUGCUAGAACAGCAGUUUGGAGAGCUGAGGAUCGACACAGAUGAUGGCUGUUACGAAGGAGCUCAAGGAGACACAGGCGACAGCCGGCCGAGUUCUGGUUUCUAUGAGUCCAGUGAGGGUCAGUCACCAAAGGGAAGAUUUUGUUCCUCUGAGCCCGCAGAGACUGUCUCCUCCUGGGCUUACACCAACGACAGGCCAAAGUCUGUAGGAGACCCCCUCAUGUUGAAUGGAGAAGUGGAUAUGCCAAUCCUACGCACCACCCUACCGCGCUCUUUCUCUGCCCCUUACCCACUUCUGGAGGGCAUCGCGGAGGAGGACACAGUAGUGGACAAUUGGCAGUGGGACCCCAGCGGAUCCAACCAAGCCUGGCAGCAGCAGCCUGCAGACGACCAGGUCACUGAGGAGGACUACCAGCAAGCUUUGAGGGUAGAGAAUUACAUCCUAAAUCUCAUCCAGCGUCAUACCCUGUCACCACGACCAUGUCAGCCUCGCACGACCCUGAGCCCCGACCUCCAAUAUUGCUGUGCCUCUGGACACAGCUCCCUACACAGGAGAACUCCUUCUGUUACGACAGAACAACGCCAUCCCGACCCCCAUCAUCAGCCCCACAUUGACCUUUUGGCAAACCCUAAGAGCCAGAGCUGGGGUUGUGACCAGCUAGAGGUUGAGACCUGUGGAGGAGAGGCCCUGUCUUUGGAGGAGGACUUUUAUCUGGCUCUGCCCUACCCCCAGUCCAGGCCACACUCUCUGGCUGGGAGGCUCCCAUCACCUCUGCCCUCCCUGGACCCCAACUGUGGUGUUUGGGCUCUUGACCCUUUUUGUGAAUCCGCAUCUCCCCAGCAUUAUCUACAUCCACAACCCCCUAUUCAUCACAAGCACAAUUUAGUAAGUGCUCAGUAUGUCCCCGGACAAGCUUGCCAUGCCCCUGUGCGAUCCCCCAGACACUACAACCCAGAGCAGCCUAAGCCCAUCCGAACUCUCGCCUCUCCUGACCACCCCAACUCCAAGUGUAGAACUUCUAAGAGGAGCCACAACGAGCGACAGAGAUCCAAGAAAUCAAGCAGUAAAACAAGUCGAUCCCAGUCAGAAAACAGCCUCCUGAGCCAGCGAGUGCUGCCUGAGCGCAGGUACAGCACCACAGAGAGGCACCAAGGCAGAGGGGAUCUUGCUCAGAAUCAAGGCCAGGUUGCUGGACCACAGGUGGGCAACAACAGCCACAAUGGGAGCCAUCGGUGGUGCUCCAACCUGGAGCUCAGCGAGGGGGAGACAGGGCAGGCACAUAGACGACCAUCUCGAAAAGCUCGCCACGGUCACUCAUGUCCCCAUUCCCAAUCCAAGAACUACGAGCAGGACACCGAACGCUGGCACCCAGACUUUCAGGAGAGAGCACCUCUCUGUCAGGGAGAGGGCUACGCUGGCGCUGCCCCUGCCGAGUCCGAGUCCAGUAUGAGUGAACUGUAUUCCCCAGCCUCCAGCUCACUGUCCAGUGACUCAGAUGAGAGUGCAGGGCUAGUGUGGCCCCAGCAGCUGCCACCGCGCCUUGCCUCUACCUCCUCCUCCUCCUCGCCUUCACCACAGGCCACUGCCAACACCCCCUCUCAACCAAAAGCCUUUGUCAAGAUCAAAGCCUCUCAUGCUCUCAAGAAGAAGAUCCUCAGAUUCCGCUCAGGAUCCCUCAAAGUCAUGACUACUGUAUGAGGGCAUGAUCAAACCUGUUUAUAACCCAUAACCUUUACUACUGUGUUUUAAAGCCAUUGUCAGAGCAACCGUGUGGCUGUUAGUUUUUGGUCACAUUCAUAUGUUAACUAACCAAUCCAGUCUUUUUAUUCCUCCUACCUCUAAUUACAGUAUGUUUUUAGUGAGAGACGCUUACAUUAAUGGGGAUGAUUAAAUAUCCGCUAGAAGUUUUCUGUCUGUAAUAUCUGGUUGAAUUUAUCUUGUACCAGACAACCAACAAACACUAGACUAAUGGGCACUAUUCUGCUCUAAUUGAUGAUAAUAGAUGCGAUGCCAAGUUGAAAGUGUGUUGACAUGGACUGCACUGAAGCUAAGUGAAUGAAUACGCUAGCAGCAUUAAUCAUAGAUUUAAGGUUGAUUAAUUCCUACAGUGUAAUGCUGGCCAAACACAGGUCCGCACAACUGAUAUUAUGGCAGGCAGACCAACGCAUUGUCAAAAACUAUAAGUCUUGCUAAACACCAAAACUCUAGAAACGCGAUAAAAGUGUUUUAUGGCAAUGGCUUCUCUAAGAAAUUUGAGUAAAUUUGCUAUUUCACAGGUCCAAAAUUCCCUAAUGAUUUCCUAGAAAGUCUUCCUGGAAAGCACUAUGUAAUUUGGUACCUUGAUAUCAUUGGAAACUAAAAGUCUAGCCAGGCGACACUACCAAUCAAUUAACUGGAAUUUUAUCAUUUGAACACUGUCUCAAUUUUCCCUCAAAUUUGUACCAAAUUGCUUAGUUAUUUCCAAGAAGCUUCUUGAGAAUUACACAUUGUUUAAAUUAAGCAUUACUCAAAUUUUGGUGUGUGGUGAGACUUUGAGAUUUGUCCUGCACUCAGACAGCAUCCUAUAGAAAAAUCUCUCAUUUGUGCAGGAGUGAACAAAUGUGUAAUGGUACAAAUCUAUUCAUGGCCUAAUUGUGAAUCUUUGAGCAGGGAAUACAUGUACAUCCCUUUACAUACAUGUACUACCUCUCUUCUCCAGCCAGCUGCUUUCAGGGCCAUUGAGUGUAAAUAAAAAGACCUAUGAGUCAUGAAUGGGUUUUAGAGGCCAUAGUAAGGGACCAGUGUACAUGCAUGCAUGUAGAGUACAUUUAAUAUGUUUAGGUGCACAAAUUCAUUGACACAGCGACACAGACUAAAA